AUUUUUCUUUUCAACACCGGUUAAAUAGCACGUUCUGGAAUUUCACAAUUUCACAACAACAACCGUAUUUGUUCAUUUUCUUUUCUAAUUAAAAUGGGAACAGGUGAACAGAAGCCAUUUUUCCGUGACAUAAACGCGGAUGAAUAUGAUCCUGAAGUAACCGAAAUGGAAAGUUUGUGUUUUUCCUGCGAAAAACAGGGCACCACAAGGCUUUUUCUGACAAAAAUACCCUUCUUCCGAGAAGUAAUUGUCUCCUCAUUUUCGUGUGACCAUUGUGGCAACUCCAACGCUGAGCUGCAGUCUGCCGGCAGGAUUCAGGACAAGGGUGUCAGAUACAGCGUCAACAUCCUCAACUCCAAGGACUUGAACAGACAGGUAGUUCAGGCACCUUCGGCCACAAUCUCCAUACCAGAGUUGGAGUUUGAAAAUCCUGCAAACAAAGGAGGUCUGACCACAGUUGAAGGAGUGAUUGGCCGAGCCAUUGAGGGUCUCAGUCAGGAUCAAGUACUUCGUAGGAUUCAGCACCCAGAAGUGGCGGAGAAGAUUGAUGAAUUCAUCAAGAAAUUGGAACAGCUCAAAACCUGUGAAACUCCCUUCCAUAUCAUUAUUGAUGAUCCAUCAGGAAACAGCUUCAUAGAGAACCCUCAUGCACCAAGCUCAGAUCCCCAGAUGAAGGUUACACACUACAAGAGAACCAGGGAACAGAAUGACACACUAUGUAUUGGAACAGAGGAAGAAGAAGAAGAGAAAGAACAGAUGGAUCCAAAAUUUAAUGCACAUGAUGAGGUGCUUGUGUUUCCCAGUAACUGUCCAGGCUGCAACUCACCCUGCCAGGUCAACAUGAAACUACUGGCUAUUCCCCAUUUCAAAGAAGUAGUGAUCAUGGCAUCCUCAUGUGAUGCUUGUGGUCUCCGGGACAGCGAAGUGAAGAGUGGAGGAGGGAUUGAGCCGAUGGGGCGUAAAAUCAGACUCAAGUUGACAGACGUCAGUGACCUGUCCAGGGAUGUUCUCAAGAGUGAGACAUGCUGUAUCAACAUCCCGGAGCUUGAGUUCUCCACUUCCAUGUCAGGAAGUGCUGGCAAGUUCUCCACCCUGGAAGGUUUACUGGGAGACCUCAUCACCCAGUUGAAGACAACGAACCCAUUCUACACUGGAGACAGCGGUCAGGAGGACAAACUGAGCCGCAUGACUGACUUCUGUGAUAUCCUGGAGAAGGUGAAGAAUGGUGAGAUGUUGGACGUGCACUUUGAGCUGGAUGACCCCACAGGAAACAGUUACUUGCAGAACCUGUAUGCGCCGGACGAUGAUCCCAAUAUGACCAUUGAGCUCUAUGAGCGCACGUUUGAGCAGAAUGAAGACCUUGGCAUCAACGACAUGAAAACAGAAAACUACGAACAGUCCUAGGCUAAACACUGAGACUGUUGGGGGGGGGGGGGGGGGGGGGCAGAGGAUUUUGUUCCUGUACCCGAUUGUUUUAGCAUGAUGAUUAUGUUCCCAAAUGGAAUUGGCUGUAUUAUUUAAAUUUACGUCUCACAUAACUUUCUGGUGUAAUGCAGUGUUUAUUAUAAUGCUUGAAAUUAAUGUAAUUUAAAUAACACACAAUGGAUAUUGUUGUCAUAAAGCUACUACCCUUGCUGUAAUUUAUAAAAUUGUGGGUUUCUCUUUUUGUUGAAAAUGUAUGGUUUGUGACAAAAUAUAUGUUGCUUUGUGCGAUAGUUGUUAGCGAAGGCAUUCACGUUUUUCUCGAGGAUAUCGUGGAAUAACGACCAUUUCUGAAAUGACAUGGAUAUGAUUCACGCUUUGUUUUAGGUUAGUUAAAAUCAUCACAGUUAACAAUAAAAAAAGUGCACAAAUCCCAA